AUGCCCUGCAAUCGCCCACAUGGAAGACCCUUUGAGACAAGUCGCGAAUCGGUCGCCAAGAAGUCAAGAUCACCGGCAUCCGAACAAGAAGGUAGCAGUCACAUGAACGCAUCACCACCAUUUGGUGUGGAGAUGAAAAGAGGAAGAUGCCUGCCAUGGCUUCCUUUACCAUCGUCUUGCUUGCUAUUCUCGCUCUUAGCCAUGCUCACCAUGUUCUUCUCCCUGCUGGUUCUCUCCUCUGUACUCCUCUGCAAGGCCGAAUUGAACCUUGCGGAGGACUACUCCUUCCACAUCUCAGUUUUCUCAGAUCUCCAUUACGGUGAAAAUGAAAGCACUUUUGGCAUCCCAGCAGACAUGAAUUCCGCCGUCCUCAUGCGCCAAGUUCUUUCUCAAGAGCAGCCAGAUUUUGUCGUCUUGAACGGCGAUCUCAUCACCGGGGAGAACACUUUCGCGUUCAAUUCCACAGGAUAUGUCGAUGAGAUAGUGGCGCCGCUUGUUCAAGGAGACUACAGUUGGGCCAGCACGUACGGUAAUCAUGACUCGAAAUACAACCUGAGCCGCGAAGCGCUUUAUGCGGAAGAGAAGAAAUAUGCGAGUGCUUACACCCAGCACGGUCCAGCUGGCACGGAUGGUGUGACAAACUACGUGCUACCCGUGUUUCCUCCGAACUCGACGGGAAGUAGUCAGACACCUGUCGCAUUGCUGUGGUUCUUCGAUUCUCGCGGCGGGUCAGAGUAUCAGAGCCUUCCGGCUAAUGUGGACAACAUUGAUAAUUAUGUCUCCAAUGGUACCGUCUCUUGGUAUCGUUCUGCCCAAGCUGACUUGCAGAGCCAAUACGGGACUCUACCAUCCCUUGCAUUUGUUCACAUACCCACCCUCGCAUUCGUCGAUCUUCAAGCCCAGACCAACCCAAACGUAUCUGGCCCCAACUACCCCGGCCUCAACGAGGACGUCCCACUCGCUCAACAAGGCUACUCCAACACCGGUUCCGAGGCCAUUCCCUUCAUGCAAGCGCUCCUUGACACGCCUGGUCUGCACUCUAUCUACUCCGGACACGAUCACGGAGAUAGCUGGUGUGGACGUUGGCCCAACACUACUUUGCCCGGUUACGGGGUCGGUGGCGGAAGCAGUCAAGAAAGACCAAUUCUAUGCUUUUGCAAGCACUCGGGCUACGGCGGCUAUGGCGUUUGGAACAGGGGUGUCCGACAGAUUCGAAUGUCGUUUGAUCAGUACGGCGGUAUGAGUGUCGAUACGUGGGUGCGGAUGCAGGCGGGGACUAUCGUUACGGCUGUGAGUUUGAAUGAGACAUAUGGAGAAGAUGUUUAUUCGACUGCGGACGGGCAGUAG